AUGCAUCAACUCAAGCCAGCUUUUUUUAAUAAUAAUUCAACAGUAAAACUACCACCAGGUCAUACUAAACCUCCUUUGCUUCAAAUAAUUUCCCUGGAUCACUAUGUUCCAGACGAAUUACAUAUAAUGUUGAGAAUAUGGGGUCGGUUAUGGGAUUUAGCAAUUCAAGAACUCAAAAUAAAAAAUCAAUUUAAUGAAUUAACAAGAACAAAAAUAAUUGCAGAAAUGAAUAGAAUUAAAAUCUCAUUUGGUUUCUGGCAGGAACAGGGAACACAAAACUGGUCCUAUACUUCGCUAAUAGGAGGUAACAAAGAAAUUGUAUUAAAAAAUUUCAAUUUUGAAGUUGUUUUUAAUGAGGAGCGUGCAUUUUUGAUUAAUCGUUUAUGGCGAGAUUUUUAUCAACUCUAUAUUAAUAUGAAAUCUAAUGAGACCAAUCCGUCUCAAUUUGCAAAUCAAACAAAGGAAUGGUUGAAUUUAUUUCUUACUCCUUCCCAAGGAGAGCCUAAUACUAUUAACUUUAAGAUAGGUUUAUAUCGUCCAAAAGAUGUAACGUCGUAUAUGCAUGUUUUAGUCAAUCAUUUACCCGAAUUUAUGGAACGGCAUCAGAGAUUUGGAUUAGAUGUUUUUUCUUGUAGUCCAGUGAAGAAGAAAAAUCAUGAUCAAGUUUCUGCAUUUUUUCGAAAAACAAUGAAAGAUGGUGGAAAAGAUAUGGAAAGAAAGUCAGCCAUUUUCGAAAUUUUACAUUAUGAAAAUAGAUCAUUGUAUUUUACUCAAAAGGGUACCAUAGAUAAAUACCCCAAACCACAACAUAUUCAUGUUAAAAAAAAAUUAAAAAAUUAA